CGUUUCGGAUCCAACUCGGAUCCUUCCCGGAUCCUUCUGUUGCUCUGGCUAGCGCAUCUCAUCGAGGCCAAACAGUCGAUACUCAAUCGAUGGAAGAAACAACGGCUCAACCGCAGACUCAGAAAGCAGGUGGCGGAGCUCAACCGAGCGAUCGAAGAUCACUGCCGCGUGCUAUGCGCGCAACAGUGGAACGAGAUCUGCAACGCAGCAGACGGGCAGAUGCACAGCGGGAAGACGUGGAACCUGCUGCGGCAUCUGCUCGACGAAACCAAGACCAAGUCACACCAAAGGGACAGACUCGCCAAGCUCAUACAUCGGGCGGUCUCGGUACACGGCGCCGAUGAAGUCACCAGGUGUAUCAACGACAAAUACCUGCCAACUACACCCACCGAACAACACGCGCCGUACGGCGGCCAACCCAACGCGAACCUCGAUCGCGAUAUUGACGUCGAGGAAGUCCGCGCGGCCCUGCACGGCCUCAACAGCCGGUCGGCGGCCGGCCCGGACCUCGUCACGAACAAGGCGCUGAAGAACCUCGACGACGGCUCCAUUGAGAACCUAGCAAAGUACUUCAACAAGUGCUGGAAAGCGGGCGAGCUGCCGAAGCAGUGGAAGACAGCCAAGACCAUUCUGAUUCCCAAGCCGGGGAAGCCACCGGACACGGACAACCUCCGGCCCAUCUCGCUCACGUCCUGCGUGGGCAAGGUGCUGGAGCACGUCCUGCUCAACAGGUGGCAAGAUUACCUGGAACGAGAAGGGCUGUACCCGGCCACGGUAAUCGGCUUCAGACAGCACCUGAGCACGCAGGACGCAAUGCUGCAGCUCAAAUACCAAAUCAUCGACGGCGAUGGCAGCGCACGCGACAACAAGGCAAUCCUGGGGCUCGACCUGCAGAGCGCCUUCGACAAGGUGAAACACUCGGCGAUCCUGUCCCAAGUCUCAAAUCUUAACAUGGGUGAGAGAUCCUACAACUACAUUAAUGACUUCCUCACGGACAGGACCGCCGAGCUGCGAGCAGGCGACCUACAGACGCAAGAGAAGAAGCUCGGGAGCACUGGCACACCGCAGGCGGUCAUCUCGCCGAUGCUGUUCAACCUGGUAAUGAUCGGAGUGGCAGAGAAGCUCGCGGAUGUCGAACACGUCAGGCACACCAUCUACGCGGACGAUAUCACGCUGUGGGUGACCGGUGGCAGCGACGCCCACAUUGAGUGCACGCUGCAAACCGCCGUCGACGCGAUAGAAGACCGGUUGGAGGGCACCGGACUGAUAUGUUCGCCGAGCAAAUCGGAGCUCCUAAUACUCCCACCUACCAACAACGUCAGAGGCAAGACCAAAAAACGCGAAUACGAAAAGAUCCGAAUCAUAACCAAAUCCGGCAACGUUAUCCCCGAGGUCGGUAAAAUCAGGAUCCUAGGCAUGGUCAUCGAGAAGCACGGAAGAAACGGCGACAUCAUCGCCCGUCUUACGGCGAAGGCGGCCAACGCGACGCGACUCCUCAAACGAGUCACGUCCCGGAAAGCAGGCAUGAGAGAGGAGAGCCUAAUCAGGCUCGUACAAUCCUUUAUCAUCAGCCACGUCACUUACGUCGCAGCCUACCACAGAUGGCUGCAACACGAACGCAACAAAAUCAAUGCCAUCAUCAGAAGAGCGUACAAAACGGCGUUGGGCCUGUUUGAGUCCACGAGCACGACCCGCCUCUUACAACUCGGGAUACACAACACGCUCGAAGAAAUAGCCGAAGCACAACGGAGCGCUCAACUGGAGCGGCUGUCCACGACCAAUGCCGGGAGGAAAAUACUGGAUGACCUGGGAAUAGGACAUUCGAACGAAGCGGAGACGAAGCUCCCCAUCCCCAAAGAGGUCCGACGCCAGACCAGAACCAACCCCAUACCCAAGAACAUGAAUCCCGACUACAACAAGGGAAGAAGAGCGGCGAGGGCCAAGGCUCUCAUCGACCUGCACGCCAACGACGAGCACGCGCGAUAUGUGGACGCGGCCGAAUACCAACAGAACGCUUUCGCAGCGGUCGUCAUCGAGGCGUCGACCGGCGCAACAAGGACGGCAGCGAGCGUGAAGAGCAUUGGAGCGGAACAAGCGGAGGAGGUGGCCAUCGCCCUGGCCAUCAUCGACCCAGACUGCCACACCGUGCUAAGUGACUCGAGACAGGCGGUGCGAAACUUCGCCAAAGGCCAAGUAUGUAGAGAGGCCGAACGAGUAUUGCGUGCGGCCAAACUGCAAGACAGAAAAGUAAGAAUUAAGUGGUUCCCGGCGCACGCGGGUGACGCGUCGGAACGCAAUGCCAACCACAACGAGACGGCACACGCAGCGGCGCGAGCGCUAACUAACCGCGCCCCGGCGACAGACCGUCAGACGUGGUUCGGAGCCAAGGACCGCAUGACGGACUAUAACGACAUCACAAAAGCCUACCGCAUGGCUCGCAGGACUUUCCCGCACCCGCGGUUGAGUCGAGCGGAGGCGGUACUAUUGAGACAGCUCCAGACCGGAUCGCUACCGAGUCCGGGACUGAUGCAUCGCAUGUACCCCGAGACAUACCCGACCGACAAGUGCAAGGUCUGCCGGAGGGAGACGGCGGAUCACACGCACAUCUUGUGGGACUGCAUCAAACACCCAGAGGAAGCGAGAUCAAGAACGAUCCCGUCGCGGCUCGAGGAAGCCGCGAAGAGCUACGACCUGGAUCAACAGCUCUGGGCCGUCCAGCAGGUCCUCGGGGCGCUCGAAAGGCAGGGACCCAGCGAGCCGGCAACGGCGAGCGGAGACCCGCGCCGAGUAACGGCAACCCCGAAGACGACGUAG